AGUUUGGAGUGUGUGGUCAUCAAUGUCUUCUGGCUGCGCCUCGCGUCGGCAAAGACUGUCGCUGCAACUCCUUAUGCUCGAGCGUCGUACCAGCAAGCGUCUCUGCAUAGAAUUGCGAUGGCCAAUUUGGUGCUUCAUACGUUUCCCGUUACCAACGGCUAUCUCAAUCGAGAGCACUCUUACUAAGGCUGGUUAUAUGGAUGCGAUAACUUCCCUCGGAGAUCACCAUUUUCUCACAUGCGAAUGCAUAACAGAACAUUCAAUACUACGAGCCUUCGCGGCCAACGACUUCAACAAGCCAGUCGCCGAGGUCCUCAUUCAUGGUCGUAUGGCCUUCCUCGCUACUGAGGGCUUCAUAAUAUACGCCGUGGAUCUGCUGAAUCUUCGCCUUGCGAGAUUUUCCAUUGCUGAAAAUGGCAAGGCAUUGGCCGACAUCCCUUUACCUUUUCAAGAAGGUGAGGAUAUCAUCAAUGGAUUGACCAUCUCGAGUGGUUUCAUAUUCCUCUUAACACUCGGUGACUCUAUCGUGUUCUCGUGUGAUAUUCGUAGUACUCAGUAUCACUGGAAUCGGCAAUUCGCUGUGGACAGCGAUGAAGUGGAUUCUUUUGAUGUCCUCGCGGACCCAUCUGAUGAGAGAAAUCAUAAGUUUGUGUUCAUCGUCGAUGGGAAAGAGGUGCAAUAUCGCGAGAAUGAUAAUGUAUUUGUAACAAUCGUGGAAGGAGCUGAGCAUUGUCGCUUUAUUGCUAACACGGAUGCUCUAGCUUGCGUUGCCAUACGCCACAAAGAUGGUUAUGGUGGUGGAUUACAUUUGAGGGAGUUUCAUAUUUCUGUUAUAGUUGUUGACUUGCUUCGUCAAGUACCUCUUUUUACUACAUCUUUUAUCGGUAGUGGUCUUCUCAAAUUUUUCAGCAUCACCAGCGGUUGGGAUCUUGUGACUGUUUGUGGUGAAGCUGUAGCGAACGAUCACUUCCUUACUUGCACUACGAUGACGCUCAAGGAUUUGCCCAUGUAGCAACAACCACGAUGAUUUAAAGAGGUCCAAAUUAGAUAAUUGUGGCAUAAUUUUGGAAUCGCCAUUCAUCUGCUAUACCACAUUUGAUGGCUGCUGGGUUGGUUCUUGCCGCCUUGGUGAUUCCAGCUCUCCUCCGUGUUUCCUACCGAGUUGUCUAAUCAAGCGAAUGGGUAGAUUGAAAUAUCAUAUCAGUCCCUUUGCC